GUUUAUUCUAAGGAUAAUGGGGAUGUGUCAAGGGCUUUAAGCCGAGGAGUAACCCUAUAUGAGCUAUGAUUUUGAAAGACCCCACCAGCAGCUGUGCAGAAAUGGAGCAAGAAUGGAGGCAGAGAAUCCAGACACGAGUUUAUUUCAUUUACUCAGGUGAUAUAAUGGCUUGGAUCUACAGAAAGGCAAGAUGUAAAGAGAAGGGUGUGCAAAAUAUAUUGUAGAUGUAUUUGUUCUUAGAUGGAGAAGUCCCUGGAGACAGGCAACAUGACCAGAGUCCAGGAGUUUGUCUUGCUGGGCUUGUCCACCAGGCUGGGCAUGAGGGAUGUCCUGUUUGCCAUCUUCCUGACCCUCUACCUGCUGACCCUCGUGGAGAACACGGUCAUCAUCUAUCUCACCUGCAGUCACAGCGAGCUCCGCAAACCCAUGUACUUCUUCCUGGGCAACCUGAGCUGCCUGGAGAUGUGCUACGUGUCAGUGACCAUGCCCAGCCUGCUCGUGGGGCUGUGGACUGGACCCUUCCAUGUGCCCUUCACAGCCUGCAUGACCCAGCUCUUCUUCUUUAUAGUCCUCAUCUGCACGGAGUGCACCCUCCUGGCCUCCAUGGCCUAUGACCGCUACGUGGCCAUCUGCCGCCCACUCCACUACCCACUGCUCAUGAGGCCCCAGGUCUGCCUGGGCUUGGCCUUGUCCUCAUGGCUUGGGGGACUUCUGGUCUCCGUGGCUAAAACAACAUGCAUUGCCAGUCUGUCGUACUGCGGCCCCAACGUCCUCAACCAAUUUUUCUGUGAUGUCUCUCCUCUGCUAAACCUGUCCUGCACUCACGUGGCCCUGACUGAGCUGGUGGACUUCAUCUCUGCCAUCGUCAUCUUCUGUGGAACACUGUUGGUAGCGCUGGCCUCCUACUCAGGCAUCGGGGUGGCCGUGCUCCGCAUGCCGUCGGCCGCUGCCCGGCGCAAGGCCUUUUCCACCUGCGCCUCCCACCUGAUGGUGGUGGGCAUCUUCUACUCAGCAGCCCUCUUCAUCUACUGCCGUCCCAGCCGCAUCAAAUCCAUGGACCUCAACAAGGUGCUGUCAGUCAUCUACACAGUGGUCACGCCCAUGUGCAACCCCGUCAUCUACUGCCUGCGGAACAGGGAGGUCCAUGUGGUGCUUCGGAAAACUCUCCACUGGCCUUGACUGCAGUCUUGGAUCAUUGGACCUCUUGUCUCCUGAUUGAAGAUCUGCCAUGGCCACGAAAUUCCAACCAUGACACCGAAAGGCAAAAGAACAACUGAAGGAAUAUUGUUCCCAUCUAAUAAACAAUGAGUUCAUUUCAAUCAAGAACAAAAUCUGAAUUACCCAUGGGAAAAGUGACCAAUGUCUAUGAGAAAGCAAGUCAUCAAAGAUGAAUGAUAAGGGACUGGUAACUCACAUGACAGCAUGGUCCACUUUAUUAGUAAACCAAGAAAUGCAAAUUUAACAACCCCAUCAUUUGAUUCCUAGAAUGACAAACACUUACCAAGUGUUUCUGUAUGUUCCCACAAGUAGA